GAUACCUGCUAUUCUGUGGAAUUAUUUUUUUGACGAGUCUGGUGGGUCUGUGACUUGGGACACUACAAAAGUGUGCAUGUAAUCGUUUUUAUUUAAGAUGUUAUCUGAAGGGCAAACGUUCAUAGCAUUAACAUAGGCCUAUUGCUUAGUGUUUUGCACGUCCGUUUCUCUUAAGCCUAGACAGGUUUUAGGCUUGUUUUUCUUGUUCUGCCAAAAGUAUAUUACCUUUCCAGAUACACAGCCAGUUAACAAGUCGUGAGAAAGGAAUACCACCAUUGGCACCCGGAAAUGCUUCACUUUUCUCGGCUUCCCAAGUCAAAGCUAUCAGUGAGCAAAAUUGGAAUGUGAUUAUUCAAAGCCCAUCGACAAUUAAGCCUGGCUCUGAAAAGAUACUGUAGACACAGCAGCGGACGACCAUUGGGCGUUAACAGGUUGAAAGAUGGCCAACCAGAGUGAGGUGAUUGACAGGUUGAGGGCAACAUUCCGGUCAGGCAUGACCAUUCCAGAGCAGUUCCGAAUGAAUCAGCUCCAAAAGCUUCUCUCUCUGGUGGAAGAGAAUGAACAGCUGAUAAUAGAUGCGCUCCACAAGGACCUCCAUAAGCCCAAGUUUGAGUCAGUCCUGUCAGAGAUUCAAAUAACACUGAAUGACCUGUACUUCGCCAUUGAAAACCUCAGGACCUGGAUGCAGCCCGAAUACAACAUUGGCAAGAAUCUGGCCACGAGGAUGGAUGAAUGUUUUAUACGCAGGGAACCAUUGGGGGUAGUUUUAAUCAUUGGGGCAUGGAACUACCCUCUCCAUCUUAUUCUCUUACCCUUGGUUGCUGCAAUUGCUGCAGGAAACUGUGUCAUCCUGAAGCCGUCAGAGAUCUGUCAGGCCACUGAGCAACUCUUGGCAGAACUCAUCCCCAAAUACCUAUCCCAGGACUGCUACGCUGUGCUAUGUGGUGGAGCAGAGGAAACAAAGUCAUUACUGAAGAAUCGGUUUGACCACAUCUUCUACACAGGUUCCCAAGCAGUGGCCCGCUCAAUCCUGCUAGCAGCAGCACCCCACCUGACCCCUGUGACCUUGGAGCUGGGAGGCAAGAGCCCCUGCUUCAUCUACGGCCGCAUCGACAUACAGAAGGCUGCCAGACGCCUGUGCUGGUCCAAGUUCUUUAACACCGGCCAGAGCUGCGUGGCGCCCGACUACGUCCUCUGCACUGUAGAGACCCGAGACGCUUUGCUUCCUGCUAUCCAGGAGACCCUACUGAGCUUCUAUGGGUCAGACCCAGGGGAGGGCCCGGACAUGGGCCGCAUUGUCACCCUGCGCCACUGGAGACGUCUGGUUGACAUGCUGAGGAAGUCAAAGGGGAAAGUAGUGAUUGGAGGGGACAGCCGUGAAGAGGACAAGUACAUCGCUCCCACAGUUUUGGUGGACGUGCCAGAGGCUGAUUCUCUGAUGCAGGAGGAGAUUUUCGGACCCAUCCUGCCUAUCCUGACCAUCGAGUCUCUGGAGGAGGGUAUAGACUACAUCAACCGCCAAGAGAAACCCCUGGCCCUCUACGUGUUCUCAGACGAGUCCUCUGUGGUGUCCACAGUGUUGAACAACACCAGCAGUGGAGGUUUCUGCGGGAACGACGGUAUCGUUCACAUGGCUCUGCCAGGCCUGCCCUUCGGAGGUGUAGGGGCAAGUGGUAUGGGCAGCUACCACGGUCGCUGGGGCUUUGAGACGUUCAGCCACAGGCGGAGCUGUAUGAACCGGAGCUGGUUGCUGGAGAUGGUCAACGUCCUGCGCUACCCACCCUACAGCGAAUACAACCUGGGCUGGUUACGCUGGGCCACCACCCUGAAGAAGGGCAGCUGGGGAGGCUGCACAGUCAUGUGAGAAUGACACUGUUCAUUCCACCAAACAAAACCGCUACUUAGACGUUUUGCCUUACAGAACGGGAUGGAAAGAUAGUUGUCCAAUAGUAAAUUGGUUUUAGGAAACUAUUCUCAGUGAAAUUCUUUUGUUUGGCGGAAUGCUGUGUGUGAUUGCACACCCAGAGCCAAAUGUACUUUUCGCAAAACAACACCUUUGCAUUCACUGACAUUGACCAGCUUGCGACCAGACACUUUACCCUCAGAAGUACUGAUUUAAAGGGUAGUUUUAUAGUUCUUUGCAUUGCGGUCAACACUGUAUUAUCACUGACAACGUGUUUACUUCUAGUUGGAAGACACAUUUUGGACCAUGCAUUGCUACUUUGCUGCAUGUUUUUAUACACUAACCUGGGGUAUAAUCAAAAGAAGUUACUAAAUACUUAGUUUUGCUACAACAACAAUAGUUUCUAUGGGACAAGUAGUCCCCUCCCUAUGUCUUUUGCUUCUGUUUAAAAAACAUUUUAGAAACUAUUUGCAAAAUGAAUAGACCCCUUGACUGAGUUUAACACUUUAUAUAUAAAUGUUAUUGUUACUGUUCUGAAACCUGUCUGGUGGUGUGUUGUAUAUUUCAUGGACACGGCACAUUUUAGUUGCUCUGCUUGGUUACUUGAAAAGAAUGCUGUUUAGAUUGACUCAACAGAAAGGCACUGAGAGAAGAGGGAAGGUGCUACUUGGGGUUCUGGUUUAACAGGGUUAUUCACAGGCCAAUAGUCUCCUUUCCCUUGUCUGCUUUCUUUCAUCUACACUGAUCUGGAGAAACGAAAAGGUAAAAGUAGUGUUGUAGAUGCCAAUGGCUGUAACAUAUCUAGUUAUGUGAAAUCUUUGGCGGUAAAGGGGAGUCUACUGGGAUCCACCUAGAAUGCGGUUUCCAAGCACGUCUCCAUAUGCUGCAUCAGUGGUCUAGAUUAGCUUCCUCAACUCGUCUUGCGUUGACUCAUCCCUUCUUAACAGAUCAGUACAAGGAUAUGAGGAAGACAUUUGAGACUUUACCUAUCGUUUUACUGGACUGCUUGGCUACCAUGGUUUGGAGAGCCCAGAGGGUUUUUAGAUGUUGCACAAUACCCCGUAUAUUAAACAUGUUCCUCACACCAUAACUGGGUAUUGUUACAGAUGCUUUAUGUAUUUGUCUAUGGAUGUGUGGGUCACAGAACACAGGAUAAUCUUCAUCUUUUUGUACUUUGUCAGGUUGUUUGUUAAUUUGAUAAAUUAUAUGUACAUAAGACUUCAAUAAAUCAUACUUUACAUAA